CUUCUCCCCGCCUCCAUCCUUUCCCACAGACUGGCAGCCCCUGAGCCACAGCACAUCAUCGUCCACAAACGCCUGAUCUGCUGUAUCCUCCGGCGAGCACCUCUGUACUUCUGCACGUUCAAAUCAGACAAGCGUCUGUCAAAAACUCACGACUGAAUGAGACCGAACAUUUUUACAGAACAGUCUUUCAAAGAAAGACAUUUGGGGGGAAAUUGUCAAGCGUCUGCCCUUGUUGCGCUGGCAUAAGUGGAUUGAAAGGAGACGGGACAUCUGAGCUGAGAGGAAUCGCUUCUGUGCCGCGCAGUAGCGCGCAGAGAACAGAAGCUGCAGACGCGCUUAAAGAGCAAAGGGGAUCAGGACCGGGGGGGAGGAUAUUUUACGCACAGCCCUGUUUUCCUUAUAUUGGUUGUUUUAAACAAAGUCGUUUGGUUGUCCGCUUGGAUUUUCUCAAAGCCACGCUAGUGAGCAGCAAUGGAUUUGUUCAUCGUAGCGGUUCUGGUGCUUUGCUCUCUCACAGUGCCAACCUUUGGGGACAAAGGCUCCAGCAAAGCCCGGACCUGUUCGGACAUUCAGCAGUUUUACGGCGCAAAGGGAUUCAAACAGAAUGUUGUACCCCAGUUUGAAAUAUCAGGGGAGCACCUGCGCAUUUGUCCUCAGGGUUACACUUGCUGCACCAGCGAGAUGGAGGGAGAGCUUGCUACGCUUACCCGCAGGGAAACGGAGGGACUUCUCAGAGAAUUUAAACGACCCUUACAGAGCUCGCUUUUGCACAGUUACAGAACCUUUGAUGGCUACAUGGUAGAUUUGAUGAACAGGUCCAUGAUCAUCCUUGAGGAUACUUUCAUUUCAACAUGGGGUAUCCUGUACGCCAGGAAUUCCAUGCUCUUUCAGGAACUCUACCAAGAUUUGAGAGACUACUACCAAAGUGGAAAUGUCAAUCUGGAAGAGGUGCUGACUGAAUUCUGGACCAAGCUGCUGGAGAAGGUCUUUUAUCAGGCAAAUAAGCUGAGUUCAGUAGGUGAGGACUACCAGGAGUGUGUGUCAAAGAAAAUAGAGACACUAAGACUUUUUGGAGAGGCACCACAUAAAAUGACAACACAGGUCACUCGUACUUUUGUGGCAGCGCGUGCAUUUCUUCAGGGCCUACAUAUAAGUCGAGAAGUGGUGGGCAAAGUGUUACAGGUACCACUGAACCCUAAGUGCUUUAAAGCCAUUAUGAGGAUGACUUACUGUCCACACUGUCGAGGUAUGCCCACUGCUAAGCCCUGUGCAAACUAUUGCACCAAUGUCAUGAAGGGCUGCUUCGCCAACCAGGCUGACCUCCACACAGAAUGGUCACAUCUAGCAGAUACAAUGAUUGAGGUGGGAGAGCAUCGCUUGGAUGAUAUGGAUAGCGUGAUUCUUUCCCUCCCAAAUCAAAUAUCAGAAGCCCUAUUUACCAUGGAGGAUAAUAUGGCAAGCAUCAACAGCAAGCUGUUCCAGGCAUGUGGCAGUCUCAGCAAAGGAGGAGCCACUGGCUCAGGAUUUGAUGACAUCACAACCAGAAAAAGCGCUGUGACCGACAGUUUGGGAGAUAGCAACAACAAAUUGGCAAAUUCGGUGACUGACAUCAACAUAAAGCUGAGAGAAAUGCGACCAUAUUGGAUUUCUCUACCAAAGCUUCUUUGCAGUGACAGAGUUGCCAGUGGCACAGGGGCUGAGGACAAGUGUUGGAAUGGCAUGAGUCGUGCCAGGUAUCUGCCUGAGGUGAUUGGUGAUGGCCUAGCUAAUCAGAUCAACAACCCUGAAGUGGAAAUUGACAUCACAAAGCCAGACAUGAAAAUACGGCAGCAAAUAAUGCAGCUUAAGAUCAUGACCAACAAACUGAAGAAUGCUCUCAAUGGCCGGGAUGUAGACUUUCAGGAUAACAGUGAUGAUGUGAGCGGAUCAGGAAGUGGCUUGUGUGCAGAUGAACUGUGCUCCCGGGGGCCACGCCUUAUUGUCCCAGUGACGGAAAGACCCAUAGUCUAUGCCUACCCACCAAGGAACAAGGAAGUGAGAAGUUCAGUGUCACAAAGCCUCCCUUCAAUCAGCAUCCUCUUGCUUCCACUGGUCAUCCUGCUGCUCCAACGAUAUUUGAUAUGAAACUCUUCUUACUGGGACUGAGAUUGGGACAUGGGGGACUGGAGAGUUUUAAAAUGGAUGGAGGAAAUGUUGGGGGUUGGCUACUUUCCCAUUAGUAAGCAAAUAAAAGAGAUCAUAACAAAAUCACUCAAUAGACUUUCUUUGGUUUUAAACACCACCCACUAGUAAUCAGCCGUGUUUCUGUUCUUCUCUUUAAUUUGCCCAUAUUCUACGCCACUGUUAGAGUUCGUCUUUUGCUAAUAUGUUUUUUUCUAGUGUUUAAGUUUCCUGAAAUAAUAUUUUCACCUUAGACAUUAAAGGCCUAUACUGCUAAUGGUACUAUAGAUUUUGACUUGAUGGGAAGAAGGGGAAAGGAGCGUUAUGGCAGCCCCUUUUUGCACAUUUGAUCACCACUUAAAAUGUGUAGGUUUAAUUUAUUUAAUUUUAUAUUAGAAUUUAUUAGUAGGGAACUAAUUGAAAUAAUCAAAUUCUGUUUCCAAAAGCAAAUGACACAAACUAGAUAUUUAAAAAAUCUAUUUUUAGAAUGGAUAAUCUGAACGUCAUGACCCAUUAGACCUGUCAAUGCAUUAGGCUUUGCGGUGUUAUCACAUAUAAUCUCUCUCUGUGGGGGAUGUGAGCUCAUGCCAUCAGCACUCUCCAUCAGUUUAUCUUUAAUCUGCAAUAAAACUUGUCACAAUAUUCCCACAGACAAUUUUCUUCUACUGAGGGGAGCAAUGCAUCCUGUCUUCCAUUCCAUACACCCACCACUCCCCUUGCUCCCACCACUUCCAACUCCCCCCCCCCACUCACGUGUAGCAUUAACAUGAAGUCCAAUUUAAAACAAUGUGCUCACAUGACUGGAUAGCCUCAGCUGACACAGAGUGGGAAAGAGUAAUUAGUUUUACGCCAGCCCAUGUGAUAGCAGAAAUGUACGCAGAAGCAGAAACACAUAUUUCCUGCAGCACUUUGUUCAUAAAUUUCCUGAUUUUCACAGCAGGUCAGUUAAAUAUGCAGAGAAUUUUAGUGCUACAGGGUUCGUAUGUAAGUGUAGCAAGGAUCAUGUUCACGCUCAAGGCAAACAAUGCACGUUUCUAGAAUAUAACAUUUUAAUGCAGUGUACAUAUUUUGAUUGCUUUUUUGCUUUCUUGGGGAAAGAAUCCAAUUUGCUCUCCCUCUUCUGUAUGUUUGCAUAAUCUGUUUGCCGUUUCUUUCCUUGCACGUUGCCACAAAAGUGCUGUUACCCAAUCCGUCGCCUCUCUACCACAUUUUUUUUGUUUUCGCUCAUCAGUUGUAAUUACCUGUAGAAGUUUGCUUAAUGAUGGCAAGAUAAAGAUAACAAUAACAGUGCUUUAUUUUGUUAUUCUUACUGGAAAUGUUUUGGGAAAACAUUGCAAUACCAUUUCUUGAUGACAUACUAGGGAGACAUCAUGUAACACAUUUAUUUUCAAGACAAAGUCACAGGGCUCAGUUCAGAUUAAUUUACUGUGCAGGAUAAGAGGACAGUUUCAUGUAUGUAAGAGUUCAUUGCCGAAAUGUGAAUGUGUGUUUUCGUCUGUGACUGACAAAGCGAAGCGGGGACAAACUUAAGGGUCUGAAUAAAUCAUGUAUGGAUGAUACAGAGAGCAUUUUUUUUUUAAACAUUCUAGUUUAUUACAAUUGCUCCGGUCUCAUGAUGCAUCACAGUGCACUGUUAAACUGACGGCAAUUGGAGAUUUAUAAAGUCUAUUUUUCAAAAAUAGCAUUUUCAACCACUGCUGUAAUAGAUCACAUUAUGUAUUGGUGACUUAUGUACAGUCAGGUUAGUAUAUGACAGCAAGAUGAAAAUAGAAGAAUUAAACUGAUGCAUUUUUCAAUAUGUCAUUACUCCAGACGGGACAGUUCAUGGAAAUUCAUGUUAAAAACAUUAUUCUAUAUGCACCUAGAUUGCUGGAAAUAUUUCAACUUCAUUUGGGCUCUGUUAGAUUAAAGACAUUUUUUUUCCUUA